AACUACUUGACGCCCAUGACGCCACGACGCUACACAGUUACCCGGAUGAAACCGAGUUGUUAUGACAACCACGGUAAAGCAGUAAACCGAAAGCGGCGCAGCGCACCGAGCGUUUCAUUCAUGGACGCGGGAGCGAACACGUACCUCAUUAGACCGAAUUAUAAAGACAAGUUCAAGGCAGGGGUGGCGAAAGAGCACAUCCGAGAAAUCCUGAGGGAGCAGCUGUAUGGAGUUCAGUACAAUCCCGAGGAGGUUCCCACGUUAUCCAGGUCUUUAGCAGACGCUAUUAAAAACAGGCUGAAAGACGUGGGCUUCGACAGAUACAAGCUCAUCGUGCAGGUGGUGAUUGGAGAGCAGCGUGGAGAAGGAGUCAAGAUGGCUGCACGCUGCUUCUGGGAUGCAGAUACAGACAGCUAUGCUCAAGAUAUAUUUAUGAACGACAGCUUGUUCUGCGUGGCCGCUGCGUUUGGUGUGUAUUAUUACUGAAGACACACAGGAGACGUGCCGAGGACCAAACAUAUGAUUGUAUGAGAUAUUUAAUAGCGUCACUGUUUUUUGCAUCAAUCACAUCCAUGUUUGUUUGUCUGAAUCGCUGUAUGUUUUUUUUUCUACGUUACCGUCUUUUGUCAAAGUUGUUAUUUUCAUCUUAAUAAAUAGUUAUAUACAAUA